AUGUAUUCAGCAUGGAAACAAGUUAUUGGUGAUCCAUUAAUGCCUAAAGAAUGGCCUAAACGUGCAAGAAUCGGUAUUAAUGGUUUCAAUGAAAUCGCCCGAUUGAUUAUUCGUUGUUCCCUGGAAGAUAAACGUGGCUUAGAUGUGGUCGCUAUCAAUGUAACUGAUAUGACAGCAGAACAAAUUAUUUAUAUGAUCCAAUAUGAUACACUACUUGGUCAUUUCAAAGGAUGUUUAUCUAAAUGUGUUAGUUUUCAUUUAGCCAAAGAGAAUUCAAAUGAAUCUGUUGAUUAUUGUACUAUAGAAAUUGCUGGCCGAACAUUAUCGAUAUUUCAGUAUGAAGAUAUUAGUUGUAUUCCAUGGGAUUGUGUUAAUGUUGAAUAUGUGAUUGAAACAACCGGGAAAUUUACACAAUUAGAUGAAGUCAAUAAACAUUUAACACGUGGUCGAGCAAGUAAAGUUCUUGUCAUUGGAGAUAAUUUAAAUCUACCCUUAUUGAUGUAUCCAAUAAGUUGUCGUGGAUAUCAACGUGGUACAAGUAUUGUGUCGAGUGGAUCAGCUGCAUCUCAUGCUGUCGCAACAUUAGUCGCGCUGAUUGAUGCUGCAAUACCAAUUGAUGAGUGUAUGGCAACAAUUAUGUUACCUGUAGAUGAAAAAAUGAAUCUUGUUGAUAAUAAUGUCCCUUAUGGAAAUGAUUGGCGUAAAGGUCGUAGUGCUUUCUUGAGUAUCAUCCCUGGACGAUGUCGUUCAACUAUGCAGUCAGUUAUACAAGCUUUACCAAAUAUGAAAAAUCGUAUCGAUGGGAUAACGUUGAAUAUUCCAGUUAUGGAAGGUGGACUAGUUGAUCUUGCUUGCCGAUUGAAUGGUUCUAUUGAAAAUAUUGAAGAAUUAGUUGAAAAAAUUAAAAAUAGUCAUCUACUGAAAAGUUUUACCAGUUUGCAUAAAUCAUGUCAGCCGUUUAAAAGGGAAAUUAAAAUAGGUUUAAAUGAGGAAACAAUCCAUGAAUAUUAUAAUUUAAAUGAAAACGAUUUAACAACGAUAGCAAAAUUUCUUCCUGAAGAAGAUGCCUUUGUCUCAUCAGAUGCUUCAAAGAAAUCCACUUUAUGUCUAUUAGAUGUAGAUUGUUGUAGUAAACUGCAAGAUGAUAAUACAGUUCGUGUAGUUUCAUGGUUCGAUAUGCACAUGAGUUUUAGUCAACGAAUAUUAGAUACAAUUGUGUUCAUGCGUAAUGUGGAUCAUAGUUGA